AUGGAUGGCAUGGACGAAGUUACAUGGCACGACGAUCCGGAAGAGCACGACAAUGACGAUGAUGAGGCUGAGAACCUUCAUUAUAUUGUAGAAGAUGUUAACGAGAGGGAGGUUGAUCCUGAAGAGAUCAAGACCGAGGUUUCCUUCCUACAAGCUGCUGCAACAGGCUCGGUGUUUCUGCAAACCAUCGAAGCCCUCUACGACACAGACGAUCCGGCCACGAAGAAUCGACAGGCGGUAAUUAAAUGGGUGAACCAAGACGAAGAUUCGUUUUGGAAGUCGUGGGUGUCCUCUGAUUUUAUACAUUAUGUGCUGCUGCUGACAAAUUUUGACCGCUUUAGACAGGCCGCUUACUACGUACCGAAGACCAAGUAUUCGUUAACUGCGCAGAUCAACAAUGCCCAAAUGAUGAUGUACGUCGCUGGGGGCAGCUCCAAGUUGAACCCUGUCAUUCGAUGGGACGCGACCGAGAAGCUGGCCGUUGUGCGGGGUUUGUCGAAGACGUAUAUAAACAAGGCUAAAACUGGAACUACACUUCUCCUGCGUUCUGAUGUUGCCGGGACCACUCGAGAGGCUACCGAUCGCCCAGCCAAGCACUUCGAGCCCAUUUUCGUCUUCCAGAAGAUUCAUGAUCCUGAUUUGGACUUACGGGAUUACGCACGACUAAUCACCAAGGCUUGGAACGCUACGAUGCACAUCUCACAGAAGAAUGAUCCUACGCGUGAUCUGUUCCUCCACAAUCCACCAAAGCAGGUUAUCAACGACGAGCUUAAAAUGGAAAAAUCCAGUAAGGUAUUGUCGAAAAUCCCUGACACUACCGUAAGAAGCAAAAUACAACAAAUAAUUGAUCGAUUCUUGGCAAUGUGCUCAACAACGUAUCCUCUACUUCCUGGAGAAACCAUCACUGAACAUCACCUCGCAAUGCUUACUGCACCAUACCGCUACGCCGUCGCAGGAGCUAUUGCGUACGCGCGCACGACAAAUUAUGCGGACACAAAAUUUAUCGCCCAUCAAGUGCGGUUUGACGUAUCUACUGGCCAUCCCGCACUUGUGUAUCGGCAGACCAGGCAGACGGUGCGAUUUAACAAGCUUUACAUGAACGAAGCCGAUUUCUUCAAGACAUACAUAGGCCCUGUUGCGCAGACGCUAGCAUUCGGCCUGCCUCCGCCCUGGGGUGUCGUCAGUGCUGCAGGAUUUCAGAUCCUCGAUGAGAUCUUUGGUGCUUUCGGAAGCGGUCCUAAUCUUGCCUUGGUUAUUAAAAAUCUUCUCGAGCAAACCGUCCAAGCCAUGAAGAAUCUCUUAUUAGAUGACGCCGUUCGCCUGGCCACGAAUUCCAUCAACGCAUUCAUUGAGUGGGUAUCCAUUGCUACAACUGGGCUUGACAACCUGACCUCAGACAACGAAAUCUGGGUUAACCAAACACUCGACACUCUCGGUGACGUGAAUAAUCCUAGUUUCACCGGUAACAUACUAAAUGAUCUCAUCACCCUCACGAGCCCCGAGCUAUGCACUAUUCAGAGAGAUGAGGUCAUUAGCCUAGCUUUCAUGGCGGCAAGCUCACUUUUCUUCUCUUACCGUCUUCGUUGUCAGCUUUAUUCAUUGUUGGCAUCAUUCGCGCAAAGCAAAAAUAAGACCGAUGAAUAUGACCUCAACGCCGGCGAGUUUUACAUACUCACGACCGAAUUUGAGGUAACUCUUCAAACCUGGGUCGGCACACUGAAGAAAAAACUCGACGACCUAGUCAAAGCUCGCAAAGAUUGUGUGACAGCCGUGCAUUAUUACGACAACAGGAGCACCCAAUGCCACAGUCAAGGUGGGCCCGCUGGCGGAACUAGCUGCGACACAUCAGGUAACGACGGCUAUGACUGCGAAGAUACUUUCAUUGGCACAAUCGCAGCUAUGAUGUUAGCCACAUAA